AUGCCAAUAAAGAAGAAUAUUGAAGUGACACUGGGAGCUCAUUCGCUAAUUGAACAUGAAUCUACGAAACAGAUAUUUCAAGUGAGGACUGUGGUUGUUCAUCCUGAUUUUCAUUCCUCAACUUUGUUGAACGAUCUCAUGCUCCUUGAGCUAGGAAGACCUGCAGAUCUCAACCAAUAUGUCAAUCUUCUUGAUCUGCCUAAUUCUGGAGAGGAUGUCAGGCCUGGAACCAAAUGUACUGUUGCAGGAUGGGGAAAGAUCUCCUUCUAUGGACAGACAUCUGACACGCUCCAGGAAGUCCGUGUUACCGUUAUAGACAGAGAGCUAUGCAGUAACUUCAAAUACUAUAAAGGACGAAUAACAAAAAAUAUGCUUUGUGCUGGUGAUGAGAAUGGAGGAAAAGACUCCUGUAGGGGAGAUUCUGGUGGCCCACUGAUAUGCAAUAAUGUCUACAGAGGAAUUGUUUCAUUUGGUUAUAAAUGUGGGCUCCCUAAGAAGCCGGGAGUGUACACCAUGCUCACAACUGAAUACCUGGAAUGGAUUCAGAGCAUAAUAUCAACAGCCUAG